AUAGUUCCUCUUUGUAAAGUUCAGUUGGGUUACAUGUAGGAAAAAAAACAUCUUGCAAUACAGAUAUAUUAAAAGUGGAAAGUUUUUUGUGAAGUCUGAUUUUUCAUUUCAUUUUCGUUUGAAUUCUAUUUUGAAUUAAUUAGAUUAUUUAAAUAAAUUGAUUAUUUUUUGGGUACUACUAAAGACCCGGUCGCGCGUCCGCGCUAGCUAGUCGUGAGUGGUCGAUCCUAACCCUAACCCUAAACACGUAUUCAGUUGCACACGCGGGUUAGGGUUAGGAUCGACCACUCGAGACUAGCUAGCGCGGACGCGCGACUGCGCGUUCGGGUCCGCGCUGCUUUAGUAGUACCAUUUUUUGGAGGUGGGAGUUGUCAAAAUUCUUUCAACAGUCUGUGACGUUAUCGUGUAACCCUCAUGCACUUUCUUCACGUCCCUUCUCUUUGUACGUGUCUCAAAUUCCAAUGAACCAGCACUAAAUAAAUAUGUCGAUAAUAAUAAAGAUGAGUAUCCAAGGGAUACGUAGUUUUGGCCCUGAUGAUAGUGAUAAACAAGUCAUAAAGUUCUUCUGCCCUUUGACUUUGAUAUUAGGACAGAAUGGAACUGGUAAAACAACUAUUAUAGAAUCUUUGAAAUAUAUUACAACAGGUGACUUACCACCUGGAACUAAAACGAAUGGUGCUUUUGUCCAUGAUCCAAAGAUUGCCCAUGAGAAAGAAGUUAAAGCACAAGUCAAGUUAUAUUUCAAAGACAUUAUUCAGAAAGAUGUUAUUGUAUCACGAGCAAUGAUAGGAACACAAAAGGCUAAAAAAGUUGAAACGCGAACUUUAGAUGGUGUUAUAACAAGAAGAUCUCCUGAUGGAGACAAGAGCCUCACUCAGAAAUGUGCUGAAAUAAAUAGAGAAAUGAUCACUUCUUUGGGUGUCUCAAAAGCAGUAUUAGAAAAUGUCAUUUUCUGUCACCAAGAAGAGGCUAACUGGCCUCUGAGUGAAGGAAAAGUUUUAAAGGAGAAAUUUGAUGCUAUAUUUGCUUCAACUCGCUAUGUCAAAGCCUUAGAAUCAAUUCGUAAAUAUAAACAAGUACAAGAUGCUUCCAUAAAAGAAAAGAAAACAGAACUAAAGUAUCUGAAAGAACACAAAGAAAAAGUCACAAAAUUCGAAAAUGACAAAUCAGAACUGGAAGGUAGGUAUGCAGCUUCCAAGGAUUUAGUGAAGAAAAUGAUGGAAGAGCUAGAACCAAUUAAAGAGAAAAUCCAUGGCAUCAAUGUACGUUCUGAAGAAAUGUACAAACUAAGGAAUGAUAUUGAGGUUGUCCAAACUGAAAGAAAGCACUUACAGAUAUCUGUUGAGGAAUUAAGAAAAAAUAUUGAAACUGAAUUUGAAGGAAGCACUGCUGAGUUGCAGACAAUGAUAAAUAAAUUUGAAGACAACUUGCAAGAAAAAGAAGACUCUCUUUCAGAGUUUAAUAAGAAACUCGACAAACUUGCAAAUGAGAAUGAAGGUUAUGAACAAGAAAAAUCCAUUUUGUUGGUGGAGGUUGGCAAACUGGACCAAGAAGCUGCAAACAAUGAAGAAAAUAUACAAAGCCGUACAGAUUUGGUCAUGCAACUGGCUACAAAAUAUAACAUUGAUGACUUUGAUAAGAAUACCAUUGACAACAAGACCACAAAAUGUUUUAUAGAGAAGUUAAAUAACACCCAUCAACAAUUGAUGUCUGAUAUCAAAAUAGAAAAGAAAAGAUUUGAAGAGAAUGAGCAACGUAUACAGCAAGAAAUGGAUGGAGUUAAAGAAAAAAAGGUUCAACUUGAACAGAGAAUUAAGAUGGAAGAAGAAAUAACGAAAAAGAACAUAGCAGAAAUUCAAAAAUGUGAGUAUGCCCUGCAACAAAUGGAAAGUUCUGCCAAAUACCUUGAUGAAAUCUCUGCUGAUUUGAAGUCUGCUGAGAAAUCAUUGAAAGCUACUGAGGAAUCCAUCAAUGUUGCUGAACUAAAGAAAGAAAUUCAGAAUAUGUCUCAGGAGAAGAAAACUCUGGAGGAACAAUUUGAUGAACUUGAUGGUCUUCUAAAAAAGCUGCAUCAACAUUCUACUGUACAGACUCAGAUCAGUAUGUUAGACAAAGAGAAAACUACAAAAGAAGAACAAAUUAAAAAAUGUAAAUCGCGCCAUGAAACCAGCAUUAUUCAUCUUUUGGGAGAAAUGCCACGUAAUGAUCUCCGUGGAACUUUGGAAGAAUAUGUGAGCAAACAGUCAAUUAGUGUCCAAAAGUCAACUGAAAAGUUGGAUAAACUAAGGCAAGACUUGUCCAGUAAAGAAACUCAGAAGAGAAUGCUCUUAGAAGAUAUGCGGAAAAGAGAGAAUGAAUUAAAAAAGCUGGAAGAAAAGCUGCAAGAUGCUUGUGGAGAGGACACUUUUGAAGAUAGCUUACAGAACAUACAGCUAAAGCUCACUCAAGUGCAAGACCUACGUGGGUCUUUAACGGGUUCAGAACAUUUUUACAAGAAAUUUGUUGUUGACCUGAAGAAAGAUAGUCCAUGUUGUCCGUUAUGUCAUCGAGGCUUUGAACAGGAGCAAGAAAUUCGGGAAUUAAUAUUAGAGCUUGAGAAUAAAUUACGGAUGGUCCCAUCUAAACUGCGUAAAAGUGAGGGAGACCUUGAACAAUACCAGAAUGAAUAUGACACUCUACAACAGUUGAAACCAAUUAAGGAAAAUCUGACUCUUCUUUCUACAACUGAACUACCUGACAUUAAAAAUAAGUUAGACAGUACCAACAAUGCUAUUGUGAAACUGAACAAAAGUAUUCAAGAGGCAGAAGAAGACCAGCAAGACCUUAUGAGUGAUGAGUCCAUGGCUAAAAGUAUCCUGCCCGAUAUCCUCAUGAUUGAUCGCUAUCUUGCUGAAGUGAAAGAACUCAACAAGAAGUCAAGGAUCCAGAAAUCAUUGAUAUCUGAUGUAGAUAUGGAUUCCCUUGGUGAUCGCAGUCUUGAGGAUGUGUCUAAUGAAAAAGACACCAUACAGUCCAAGUUGCGUUCCACUAAUCAUGAACUUGAGCAUCAACGACAAAAACUUAGCAAUUAUUCUGAUAAAGUGAACGAGCUGCACAGUCGGGUUAAUUCAUUAAAUUCAGAGAAACUGCAGAUUGAAAAGAACCUUCAAGAGAAGAUAAAGCUUGAGGAGAACAAGGCUGAUUUACAUAAUCAAAACGUGACUCAUAAGGCUUCUAUAAAGAAACUCAAAGAAGAAUCGAAACCUCUACAGGCUAGCAUAGACAAGUUAGUUGAUGAAAAGGAUUCUGUAACCACACGCAAAGAAGACAAACUUGAGAAAAGAAGAAAGCAGGCUGAAGAAAUCCAACAGAAGGGUGUCCUUCAGUUAAAAAACUAUAUGUCAAUUAUUCUCAAUUAUGAGAAAUCCGGUAAGGCUGCACUUCUGGAAGAGAAGCAGGAGAGAUGUAAGUGUCUGAAUGACAAAGUUGAGCUGAUCACCAAUAAAAGAAACCAAUUACAAAACAAUGUGUCUAAAAUUAGGAAAGAGUUGUCAAAAGAGAAGGUGAGGAAGCGGGAACUUGAUGAUACUCUUCUGUUACGUGAGAAAGAGAAAGACAUUGAGGAAUUGCAAAAGAAAGUAGAAAAUCUUAAGAAGAAACUCGGUGAUUAUGGUGACAGCAGUUUGGCUGAACAGCUUCGCUCAUUGAAGAAGAAACAGGAAAAACUUGACAGGGAGAAAGACAUUGCUGUAGGACGACAAGAUGGCUUUCAAGCACAAAUUUUUUCAAUCAAUGAAGAACUUCAGUCUGACAUGUACAAAAAUGCUUUUCAAAGAUAUCAGCACACAUUAAUUAGCUUACGGACCACUGAAAUGGCCAACUUAGAUUUACAGAAAUAUUAUGCUGCUCUUGACUUUGCCAUCAUGAAGUACCAUAACUUGAAGAUGAAAGAGAUCAACAAAAUUAUCCGAGAUCUUUGGAGAAACACAUAUAAAGGAAAUGAUAUAGAAACUAUUGAGAUCCGCUCUAGUGAGGAUGAAAGUGGAAUCAUGAAGACUCGACGUAAUUAUAACUAUCAUGUGGUCAUGAUUAAAGGAGAUGCAGUUAUUGACAUGAGGGCAAGAUGCAGUGCAGGCCAGAAGGUUCUUGCCUCAAUAAUAAUCCGGUUGGCUCUGGCUGAAACAUUCUGUAUCAAUUGUGGCAUUCUUACUUUAGAUGAACCUACAACUAAUUUGGACCAAGAAAAUAUUGAAAGUUUGGCUAAUGCUUUGGUGGAUAUCAUCAAAAACCGUCAAGAACAACAAAAUUUCCAGCUGGUAAUUAUUACCCAUGAUGAGAACUUUGUGCAAAUACUUAGUCGUUUGGAUACUGAUAGAUAUUAUCGAGUGAAAAAGAACGAGAAUGGAUGUUCUCGAAUCAAAUGUCUAUCUGUGUGCAAUGUUGACUCAGAUGGAGACAAUGACAGUCAUUAGUGGCCUUAAUAAAGACAAGUUUUGUUAAAAUUUUCAUUUAUGAUAUUAUUCAUCUUUCAGUGUAUAUAAAUAAAAUGUUACUGUUGCUUUAUUUA